AUGGCUACACGUGUAGUCAAGUCUUUUAUUAAUGGCAAGUACGUGACGCCAAAGAAUUUAAGUCAAUCGUUUACUCUAUUGAAUGCUGCGACUUUAGCACCUGAGACAACCGUCUUUGCUGCAAGUCAAUCCCAAGUAUAUGAUGCCGUUACUGCUAGUCACUCUGCCCAGCAGCACUGGAAGCGUUUGAGUCCAGCACAACGUGGUACAAUUCUACGUAAAACUGCCGACAUUUUAAAGGCACAAACGGAAGAGAUUGCAAAACUAGAGACGUUGGAUACAGGGCGUCCUAUUGCUGAGACAGCUGUUACUGAUGUGUUGAGUGCUACGGACUGUUUGAAUUACUACGGAGGCAUAAGUCCGUCGAUUGGUGGGCAGCAUUUGGAGCUUACUGGAGGUAGUUGGGCCUACACUAAGAGGGAACCAUUAGGUGUUACAGUAGGUAUUGGAGCCUGGAAUUACCCUUUACAGAGUGCAAUAUGGAAGUCUGCGCCUGCUUUAGCGUUUGGAAACGCAAUGGUUUUUAAACCGUCGGAAGAGACGCCACUUACAUCGUUAAAACUGGCAGAAGCUUACUUGGAAGCAGGUGUACCUGAAGGUGUUUUUAAUGUAGUAUUGGGGGCAGGUGAGACUGGAAAAGCUUUGGUACGACAUCCAGAUAUUGCCAAGGUCUCGUUUACAGGCUCAGUUGAGACUGGGAAGAAUGUGUAUGCUGAAGCUGCCAAGGGUUUGAAAAAGGUGACAAUGGAACUUGGAGGUAAGUCGCCUAUGAUUGUAUUUGAAGAUGCCGAUAUUGAAGAUGCCGUGGCCGGAGCAAUGAUGGGCAAUUGGUAUUCAUCUGGGCAGGUGUGCUCAAAUGGUACGCGGGUAUUUGUGCAAAGGAAGAUUUAUAAUGAAUUUGUGCAGCGUAUACACAAGCGCACCCUAAAGCUGCGCAUUGGAGACCCUUUGGAUCCGACAACGGAUAUUGGUCCAAUGAUUCACGAGAAACACAUGAAACUAGUGCAGGGCUACAUAAAAAGGGGCAUAGCAGAAGGUGCUACUUUGCUGAAAGGUGGAGGUGAACGUAUCAUACCAUCCGAAGCCACGAGGAAAGGGUUCUUCCUGUCACCAGCUAUCUUUGUGGACUGUAUUGAUGAGAUGACUAUUGUGCGUGAAGAAAUAUUUGGCAUGGUAAUGUGCAUUCUGCCAUUCAAUACUGAGGAUGAAGUGCUGGUUCGCGCCAAUGACACAAACUUUGGUCUAUCAGCGGGUGUCUUUACCAAAGACAUUAAGCGGGCACAUCGUGUGAUUGACGAGAUAGAGGCUGGGACCACGUGGAUCAACAAUUAUAAUCUUGCUCCUGUAGAGACCCCAUGGGGUGGCUAUAAGAAGUCUGGGAUUGGGCGUGAAAAUGGUCUUGCAGGUAUCGACUCAUGGACGCAAUUGAAGUCCGUUUACGUUGAAAUGAAUGGUGUCGACUGUCCUUACGCGAAAUGA